AUGUGGUCCAUUGGAAGUUUGAAAACUCUGCUACCGACACAAUGUCUGUGGACAAAGAAGAAUUGGUGCAGCGUGCAAAGCUCGCAGAGCAGGCUGAAAGGUACGAUGACAUGGCAGCCGCAAUGAAGGCAGUAACUGAGACGGGGGUUGAAUUAUCAAAUGAGGAAAGAAACCUUCUGUCCGUUGCUUACAAGAAUGUCGUCGGUGCGAGACGUAGUUCGUGGAGAGUAAUAUCUUCGAUCGAGCAGAAGACCGAGGGCUCCGAGCGUAAACAGCAGAUGGCCAAGGAAUACCGAGAAAAAGUCGAAAAAGAAUUGCGUGAAAUUUGCUACGACGUAUUGGGUCUUUUAGAUAAGUACCUGAUCCCCAAGGCCAGCAAUGCCGAAAGUAAAGUAUUUUACCUCAAGAUGAAGGGUGACUACUACAGGUAUCUUGCGGAAGUAGCAACUGGUGAAACCAGAAACGCCGUCGUAAAUGACAGCCAGAAGGCAUACCAGGAUGCCUUUGAGAUCAGCAAGGAGAAGAUGCAACCUACCCACCCAAUCAGGCUAGGUCUUGCGCUCAACUUCUCAGUCUUCUAUUACGAGAUCCUGAAUUCGCCAGACAAGGCGUGUCAACUGGCCAAACAGGCGUUCGACGACGCAAUUGCGGAAUUGGACACACUGAACGAGGACAGUUACAAAGAUUCCACACUGAUCAUGCAAUUGUUGCGCGAUAACCUCACGCUCUGGACAAGCGACACACAGGGUGAUGGUGAUGAACCACAGGAGGCUGGCGACAACUAA